GAGUACUCAAAGCUUUCCCUUCCUGGUCCAAAUGGUCACAUGACGUGAAGAGAGUGAGGCUCCGUGUCCACGCUCCGGACGGCCACCGUCAUCUAGACCCCACAUUUACAAAUGGCAGUAAAGUCCAACUGACAUGGCAGGCUGAGCUUGCAAGAACCAUGACGCUCCACGCUCCCCGCCUGUCGGCGUUCACGUUUCAGUCUGCGGUGCACAGCGCCCAUGUUCUCCAGUGCCUGAACGACCAAAGGCAGCAGGAUGUCCUGUGUGACGUGACGCUGGUGGUUGAGAACAAGAGUUUUCGGGCCCACUGCUCCGUCUUGGCCUCCUGCAGUGAAUACUUUCACAGCAGAGUUGCCAGCGUCACCCGACACAAUCCCAUCAUCACCUUGCCUGAGGAGGUGACUGUGGAGGGAUUUGAACCUUUGCUUCAGUUUGCCUACACAUCAAAGCUGCUCUUCACCAAAGAAAACAUCCAUGCGAUUCACAGCAGCGCUGAGUUUUUAGGAUUUCAAGACUUGGAGUCGGCAUGCUUUGAUUUCCUCAUCCCGAAGUUUUCGGGAGGCAGAAGAACCUCAAAGGAGGUCAGGCGUAGAGCCUGUUGUCAGAGCGGGGAUCCCAGCCCCGAUUUUGGCUCCAGUGUAGAGGACAGCCAACCAAAAUCAUUUGAGUCUCACAGCUCAGUGCCUUCCGCAGGUGAUGUGCAAACAGACUUCCCAUUGCAGAGUGGACAUGGUCAGGCGAAUAGUGAGGCAGAAAACUUCUGUUUGGAAAACUGCGGGCCACAAAUGGCCCCCUUAUCUCUGGAGUUGACAGCAAAUGGUGUGUGCCCCAUGCUGCCGUUGCCAUGCCCAGACUCUGACAAAGCAGAACAUCCGUCUCAGUUUUGUGAAAGAGACAUUUUAGAGAUAGGAAAUGUGUGUAAUCAAACUGAGUUUAGUUUGGCAGACUGUGGCUUACCCUGUGAGCUGUCAACCCCUGGGGAUGUGAAUCCGCCAGACCUCAUUGAGCCAGCAGGCAGAGAUGUUAAACAAACGGUUGAAACGCUUGGCGCUGAGACCAACAGUAAGCCCGGUUCAUGUCCAAUCAACACAUCAGGGACAGAAAAUUGCAGUGAGUUAUUGGAGCAGAGUGGGGCUGGCCUUGAACAGAGAAUAGAAGGUGAUCUCUCGGACCCCACGCUAACUGCUUUGAGCCACGAAGAGGGAUUUGGGGAGAGGAGCAGUGUGGAGAGGGAGGUGGCCGAACAUCUGGCAAAGGGAUUUUGGUCUGACCUCUGCCCAUCUCAGGAUCAACCACUCCCCCUGGAUCCCGUCGACCAAAACAAUUUAGCAAAGGCAUCAGACUUUCAUUGGCUUAAGCAGCUGGACUUGAGCUCCAGUGUAGGAGACUGCCCUUUCUUCAGGGACCUUGGGACAGGUGAUGACCUGGCCGCACGCACCGACAGUCUGUCGCAGACGGAGAAGAGCCCCUACUUGUCCUCCUCUGUCAACUCUGGGGACGACUCAGACCUGGACACAGAUACUGAGGCCAACAACAUAAGAGCUGCAGAGAUUCAGCUCCCGUUCCCGGUGGAGCAGAUCUCAGCGCUGAGCCGCAGUGCCUUCCAGCAGCUUCUGAGAAACCAUCAACUGACUCAAGAUCAGCUGGAGUUUGUGCACGACGUCCGUCGACGGAGCAAGAACCGCGUGGCUGCGCAGCGUUGCCGAAAGAGGAAACUAGACAGCAUACACCAUCUAGAGCGUGAAAUCAAAACAUUAAAAAGUGAGAAAGUGCGGCUGCAGCAGGAGCAAAGUGAGCUGGAGCUCAAUCUGGAGGAGAUGCGGCAGAGUCUGUGCGGGUUAUAUAAAAGUGUCAGCAUCGAAUCGGGUUCGGAUCAGGACCACUUGCAGCUCCUUGCCAAGUUCUCCUCGACAGACUUCCCCGUCUCCCCCCCGAGCCAUGUGGCCAAAGACGAGGGGUCCCAGACCACUGUCAAAACGGUAAGUUGUUUUUCAGAGUGUGACCCGAGCGGCCGGCCGCCUUCAGACUCUGUUCAGACUACUGCGCCACAGGCUGGUGCUCAGACACAGCAGGCAGGUUCUCCACAGAGCUGCCGUGUUCCUGCGUCUCCGCUCAACGCUUGUCUGGACAUGAACAGCGGCUUAUAAUUGGACUCAAAUUCCAUUGUCAAUUCUAAUCACACAAGACCACAGGCUACUGUAACCCCCUUUUGGGAAAGACAUGCUUUCUUAAGUACUUGACUGAAUAGAUUUUUGCCUGCAAGGAGUACCUUAAAUUGACUAAAGUAAAUGUCAGGUUUCCUUCUCUGCAUUUCACUGUAGUAAAAACAAAAUCCAGUGUCUACCAUGUUGAAGGUGCUGACAACUUUCAGGUAAUUCCCAAUUUCCAUUUGCAAAUUGGCAGGACUUAUUAAUUCAGUUUGAUUUUCUCAGGGGCACAUAAUACCUGACUGUGUUUUUAUUGCGAAAAUAAUUCUCUUUGCACACCCACCCGGCUCCCCUCCUCACACCCACACAGACUGUGGAUGUUUUUUUAAAAUUCUCGGUUAAUUAGUCUGUCAUCGUAAUUUGACACAUACUGUUUUUUUCUACCAGUAAAUAUGCACAGCACUAACAUGACUUUUGUUACCGUUGAUUUCAAGGAACUGUUACAACUAACGUUACGUGUAUAGUUUGAAUGAAUAACUGUCAGCUUCCUCCAGUAUUUGUGGAAUGGCUGCAGUGUGUCUGAAUUAUGCUUUUUGAUGCAAAAUGUGCCUUAUGCAGUACUGUAGUAUGAAUAGAGAAAGAUAACCUAAUCUUUGUUAACUCUUGUCUCGAGCACUGUUGCACAUUAACCCAGUGCCCAUAUUGAUCGCAUCCUCUCAUGUUAAGGUCUGUCUGCAUGUCGAGUAUUUUGUAUGAAAUGCUUUUCUCAGAUUACUCUUUUGAAUAAACAGCAUUUCGUUACUA